AAAUCCUUUAAUAUUUAUUUUGUCAUAUUUUUAUUGUUGGGGAAGUUUAAUUUUAUUUGGUGAAAGUUAUGUAGGUCAGUAUAGAAAUACGGAAGUUUGAUAGAUAUAUGGUUAUUCUCCUGUCAUUAAAUGAAAAGAGAUAAAUAUGAAUAUUUCGAAACCAACCAAGUUCCAGCACAACAUACAUGCUACAUACGACCCUAGUAUUGGAGAUGUUGUUCUAUGUAAAUCUAAAUCUCUAAUGACAGAUGUAAAAGAAAUGAAUAUAUCGGGGCCAACUGAGUUCAAGCACAAUAUCCAUGCAAAGUGUGACCCAAGAACUGGGAAGGUUGUAAUGUUUUCACCGAAAGUAGAUUCAUCGAACAGCAUUGAUGACGAAAGUUAUGACUGUAACAAUUGCAAUGAACUGUACUACCAGUGGAAGAGGGAUCAAGUAAAAAUCAAAGAAUUACAAGAAGAAAACCAUUUUAUGCUGGCAAUGGCUGCCCGAUUAUGUUUAUUUGCAAGUAAUACAGACGGAUGUAAUGUAUCUGAUAAUGUAUUUGGGUAUUCAUCUUACGGGAAUGUGAAAAUGAGAGAAUUUACAGAAAGCAUGAACUUCAUUGCGCAGGCGCUAACAACUAUGGCAAAUAAUCAGCGAUGGUGUGACGAAACGAUGCAUCAAGAAAAAGUAGAAAUGCAAAAUGAGAUAUUAACGCUACAGAAACAAUUACGAGAGUCUCGUCAAAGUAGCGCUAAAGAAAUGAAUGCUACGAUGGUCCAGGCACAACACCAAUUCCAUGCUGCAAAACAAGAUUUUGAAUUAAGAGUUGAUAGAACAGAAAAGGAAUUAUACAUGCUGAAAUCACAUCUCAUUGGUCUUCAGGAUGAAAACGACAGUCUUCGGCAGCAGAUGAAGAAUGCAAAACUUCUUUUUACAGAAUGGCACUCCACAAGCUCAAGAGUAUCUUCAGCCUUAAAUCAAGACAUGUCUGUAUUUGAGCUGAAGAAAGAAAAUGAGCUAUUAAAAAAAGACCUGCAACAGCUUGAUAGUGACAGAAACCGUUUAAAUGAAGAAGUAACAACAACUAUGAACCAACUGCUAAAGACCAGGAAUUGCUCUUCAAGGCCUACAGUUCAAGAAAAUACUAAUUCCGAGGAGAAUGACAGAAAUGAAAAUGUUGACUGCAUAAAUCAACAUGCCACAUCUUCUGGGAAACAAGUAAGCUAUACCAUUACAGCAAGCGCAGUUAACUUUAUUGACAAAUCAAGUGUGAAAUAUGAUCAUAGAGGAGGGGAGAUAAGCGAAACAGUUAUUUGAAAUCGAGACUUGGUUAUCAAAAUGACAAAGAAAAACCCUAUGAAUGAAUAGUAUUUGUCUUGUCUGCAUAUUUAUAUACAGUUGUAGAUGUUCGAUAAUAAAAAUGUAUUGUAUGUUAAA